AUGCUGUACCGCCAUCUACUGCCACUGGCGCUCUGCCUCGCCGGGUCUGCGUCCGCCGCGUGCGGCCAGAGAUGCGUCAUCGCCUCCUCCGGCAACUCAACGUCGGACGCGGCCGCCAUCGCCGACGCGUUCGUGAAGUGCGCCAGCGACGCUGAGAUCGUCUUCAGCGAGGGCGUUGAAUACAAGGCAUUCGAGCCCGUCGUCGCCACCAAGCUGUCCAACGUCGUCAUCACCGUCGCCGGCAACCUGAGCCUCCCGCAGGACAUCCCCGCAAUGCAGAAGCUCGUCGAGCUCAAGGGCGGCUCGCUCACAUGGUUCCAGAUCGGUGGCACCAACGUGAAAUGGAUCGGCUCGGCAGAGCCCGACGCCGGUUGGAUCAAGUCGUAUGGACAGGCCUGGUGGGAUCUCAACAAGCCCGGUGAGGCCGGUACACCCAACCGGCCUCACCUGAUGCAGUUCAGCGUUACGAACGGCGUGAUGAGGAACAUGAAGUCGCUGAAGCCCAUCGGCUGGAACUUCUCGAUCAAGGGCAAGAACAUCACCAUCGCCAACACGGUCAUCGACGCGCGGUCCGAGAGCAGCAGCUUCCCCUUCAACACGGACGGGUUCGACGUCGGCGCCACCGAUGUCACCAUCACCAACAGCAACAUCUUCAACGGCGACGACGCCAUUGCCAUUAACGACGGCGCCAAGAACGUGCUCUUCCGGGACGCGACCAUCGGGUUCGAGACGCACGGCAUGAGCGUCGGCUCUCUGGGCUCCAAGCCCGCGUCCCCGGCCGACGUGCAGAACAUCCGUUUCGAGGACGUCACCGUACGGGGCGGUCUUUACGCCGCCCGAUUCAAGAGCUGGAUCGGAGGACAGGGCCUGGCGAAGAACAUCACCUGGAGCAAUAUCCGCGUCGACAACGUCACGUUUCCCAUAUUCGUCACGCAGACCUACUACAAUCAGGCCAGCGUUAGCGGCGAAAGACCCAACAACUCGUCCGUCAUGAUGGAGGACUUCACCUGGGAGCACUUCUCGGGCAACAUCAACACCUACAACCCCGGGGACGGGUCGUGCACCACCAACCCUUGCUGGUACAACGCCGGGCUCGGGAACCUCACGCACUCGGAAGCCAUCAUCAUCGAGUGUAACACGGAGAAGUCCUGCAAGAACUUCCGCACGAAGGACAUCAAGGUCGAGCCCCAAAGCAAGACGGUGCCGAAAGUCAUCUGCAUGAACGCGAUGCCUGAUCUGAACCCCAAGCUGGGGUUCGAGUGCGCCAACGGCACGUUCGUCCCUUCGGGCUAG